AUGACGUCCCGUUUCGUCGCCGCCGCCACCUGGCUCGGCUACUGCUUCCCGCCACUGCUGCCGUUGGCGCAGCUCAUCCUCCCCAUCUACUUCAUCUCCUACCGCUGGGGUUGGGCCCGGUCGCUCUGGACCUGCGGGGAUUACGGGGUGGCGCCCUUCGCCGUCGGGUCCUGUUCGCCGGUGCUGGGCUGGGUGCUGUUACUGGUGCCGACGAUCCUGGGCGUCCUUCGGGUGUACCCAUGGUACUGGACCGUUGUCAUGGGAGGGAUCUGGGCGAGACGUCUUCGUCUGGAAGAAUUCCCCGGAGGACGCUGGUGCCGUUUCUGUCGCACCUAUAGACAUCCGCGGACGACGCACUGCCCUGUUCUGGACCGCUGCCUUCCCCUCUAUGAUCAUUACUGUCACUUCUUCCCCGGGCCUGUUUACGGAGACAGCCAGAAGAGUUACCUCUUGGCGAUCGCGGCCCUGCCGUUUCACUGCCUCUUCUGUCUGGGCGUCGCCCUCUGGAUGGCGAUCGACAAGCGGAUGAGGGAGACGAAGACGAUCUCCUAUGCCGUCGUCAUGGCUGUGAGCAUGCCCUGCCUCAUCUACGACAUCUACAUGAUCGUCGUCAUGUGGGGAGACGUAGUUUUCUGCAACUUCCGGGCGUGGGAAGACAAAGGCGUCUUCUACAUCUCCGAGCAAGGGCAGCUCGAGCGCGUCCCCUACGAACCGUCCAGCGAGCAUCCGUACAACAUGGGCUGGCGUGAGAAUCUCCGCCUCAACCUGGGACCAGUCUGA